ACAGGUAAAAAUACACAUCACUGAGUUAUUACCUUUUAUUGUGAUAACUAGUCAUAAUCUAUAAACUAGCAGUAAUAAUACGUGUCUAUUCAGUGUUAAUUGCUGUGACUAGUCGUUUCGCGUCCGUUAUUAAUGUCGAUAUUAUUCGUGUUUGUGCAUUGUGUGAGGUGCGCGCCGUGUUUGUUUAGUUGUUGAUUGAAAUUAAAUUCGUGCGGUCGUAUAUAAAAUUCGGAUUAACUUCACUCCCCAACGAUGCGUGUCUAAUCGGUUAUUGAAGUCGUCGACGUUUGGAGGUCGGUCAAGACUUUGUCUGCAUCUCUUCACUGGUUUAGAAGUACAUAAAACUACUACAAGAUGGCAGCAUUCGUGGCGAAGCAGAUGGUCGGAAACAAGCUGAGCGCUGUUAAAGGAGCGGUCGGCGGAGACGGCGACGAUGGCGACGACAAAGAGAAAGAGGAGGAGGCGGAGCGGGAGCGCCAGGAGGCCAUCCGCGAAGCCGAAGAGCGACGGAAAGAGAAGCACCGGAAGAUGGAGGAGGAGAGGGAAAAGAUGAGGCAGGAAAUAAGAGAUAAGUAUAAUAUCAAGAAGAAGGAAGAAAUACAAGAACAAGUUCAAGAGGAACCCAAUCCGCUGAUGCGGAAGAAGAAGACGCCGGAAGAACUGGCGGCGGAAGCCGAACUCGAGGAGGCGGACGACUUUACAAAGCUGAAGAAUACGAUAGAAACACAAGUAAACGAAAUCAAGACACAGAUAGAGAGUAAAUGCGUAAUGCAAUGAGCGCACUCGCGGACAUCCACAAUCCACAGUAAAAUGCGGCAAUAACUGCGCGGCCUCGACUAACAACCAACUACUCAACAACAACCACCAGUAACCAACUUUACUAACAACAGCUAAUACCCAUUUUUAUUCACAUAGAAGCAUGCAAAACCAACAAACGAAAAAAUUUAAUAAAAUUGUAACACACUCACCAAAAAACUCAAAUGCCAAAGAAAUCAGCGACAGAUCGCUAAAGAUGCGUCAAGGUACCAGACACAUACGAAGAGGAUGACACUAGUGACAUGAUUUUAGCGGUGAGAUGAGCGGCUAGUUUCGAAGCAAACCUAACUAAACAUAUAGCAUACCUGUGAUCGAUUCGAUUUGUUAUCAUUUUAAUAUUUUUAUAAAAAUGUGAACACGGAUAGUCGACGAUUCUGUUUAAGAAGGUACUACUGAAACGCGUGCGCAGUGUCGAUUCGUUUUCGAAUGCAACCAAUGUUUGUCCCUUGAUGGAUUGAUGGUGAACCAUGUCGCGCAGCAGACUGCCAAACAACAACAACAACAACCGCAUUCAACAUCAACAGCAAUGCUGAUUUCAACACACCUUUGAUUCAUUCAUUUAAAGAGACUGCGAUAAACAAUUAACAAAUAUUCAAAGAAAAAGAGAAUCAUGAAAGGAUACGAACACAUGUAGCUUGUAAACAAAUUGUUAAGCGUAUUGACAAACCGAUUGUUGUAUAUAACAUUUAGUUAUUUGGUUUUGUUUAUACCAAGAGACCAGUAUGAAAUUGAACAUGAGCGGAACGUAAUAACGAUGAUGAUGAUGAUGAUGAUGAUGAAAAUGUUACUUCACACUGUCGAACAGCCAGGACGAGAGUUUUUGUUGUCGGAUGGAAUGUUUAACACUUACUCACACAAUACCUAACCUCACACUCGACACACACGAUGAUGCGCUAGCGCGCAUGCGCUUCGCGUUCGAUUCCUGAAUGUUCGGUUCUCCUCGGUUUCGAAGUAAAUGCCCGAUAGUCAUCCAAAUUCCUAUAACUAACUGUUAAACUAAACUGCCUUCGAUGUUGAACUUAAAUCUACACGUCUUCGGGCAUGACGUCUUGGGCUCACUCAGUAACUCAAAGUUUCUACCCAAGACACCGCGCCCCCAGACGUGGUGCUCUCCUUUGCCGAAACCUGUAUCGAUGUUGUGCAAUGGAAAUUCUUGUCUACGUAUCUCUGCACACAGGAAACAAACGACAGACGGAUGUUAUAUAUAUAUAUUGUUUGUUGUUCAUUGUCGUUCUCUUUAAACGUAACGAACAUCUUUGCUGCAAUACCAGAAUCAGAACUAUGUGUAAAUGUGUCUUUACUGUUCUGUCUCUCUCUAUCUCUACACUAUCUUCUCGUGCGUCUUGCGAAAAUUCGACGAUCGACCAACAACGUAAUUUAAUAGGGAAAAUACUAACGCGAUAAUAAACAAGUAAAAAGUAAAGUAAAGAACUAUAACAAUAAGCGACGUGUCGGAUGGAUCGUGGACUACUGCGGAAAUGUAACUUAAAAAACAAAAAUUUAAUGAGUUUUAUUUUCAAGCACUGUUUCCUUUCGUUUCAAAGCUUUUUACAAUGCACAGCAAUUUUCACAUGCACUAAAAUUAAGUUUAAUCUCGAUUCUCUCUUGAAUCCCUUCUAGGAUAUUAUUAUUUUAGGUUAGGUUUUCUUAACCUAAUCACUAUCUCCGCUUUUACGGAUUAUUACGUUUGCAAACUUAAAAAUUUUAUUGAUUUCAUCUAUCUCUACGAAACUUAUAUCUAUCUAUAAUAUGUGUGUCAAUUAAAAGAAUAAUAAUGAGACAAAUUAAGAGAUUAACCUAUUUAAAGAAAAGCGAAUGUAAAUUUAACACGUUAUCAGAAACCAUAGCUAAAAUCUUAUAACCUUAAAUACCAAACAAAACCAACUCAACUUAACCUUGCCUCUAAACCAACAACAUCUGAAACUGAAGCAAAACGAAACGAAAACAAAAUGCAAACAAAUGCAACGCAUAUAUCAUUAUCUCUCUCUCUAUUUCUAUUAGCGUAUGUAUAGUAUGUAUAUCUAUGUCUUUGUCUAUCUAAACGAGAAAAAAUGUAGCUAGAUGGAAAGUAUAAGUAGUGUCGAUGUAUUUUAAAACGUGAAACACUAAUUAUCUAUUUAUCUCUUAUAUCGGUGUCGUUGCUCAUCACGUAACCUAUUACGUAACGUAUUAUUGUACAGCAGGAGUCUUUUUGGCAAAAACGCAAAACAUAACCAAACUCAAAACACACACUCGAUGCGUUCUUUGAAGAAAAAAUAGAUGUAAAUUAUUCACAUUAACAAAACAAGCAAACUUGGAAUUAACAUGGAAUUUGGGUGAUGAGAAAACAAAUGUUUAAUACAAAACAACAACUACAACAACAAGAACAUCAACAACUGUAAAAACAAAUCAACACACAACAAGCUGAAACGUUUCGAUUAUGACACGCGCGCGAUUUUAAUUUCGGUUUUGAUUUGCCACGUUCUCAUUAACAAACAAAAACCAAAAAUACAAAACAUUUACGAUUGCCGAACGUGCAAUGCAAGUGCAAGUAACAAUGCAAACAAUGAUGUAAACACGAAUAUUACCUACUAGGAUAAGCACCAAAAACAAAUAUAAUAUUAUUCAACGGCCGGUUUCCGUGCAAUGCGUCAUUUGUAAAGUAAUGGCGGGUGGCACGGGACGGCAUAUUUUUAUUGUUAUCACCUCAAUGUGGAGAAAAUAAUAAGCAAUGUAGUCUUAUAGUGUGUGAUACUUAUUAUAAUUAUUAUGAGAAACCAAAACAAAACGAUCGAAACGAACAAAAUUUUAAGCAACUUUGAGAAUGUUAUGUUAACUAAUUGUUGUUGAUUUUGGGAAUGUAUGUAUUUCGAAUAUUUAUCAAUUUGUGUAAUCGUUUCGAUUUGAAUUUGAAUUUCCAAUCGUGCAAAUAACUGCAACGGAGACAACGACACUAUAUAAACAUAAUUUAGUCUACUACAUCCUAUUAAAAAACACACAUGAGAAAUCUUAUGCGACAAUGCGUGUAUUAUAUAGAACAUUCCGUAAUGAAAUCAUUCCUCCUUGUAUUAUGUGUGUGUAUAACGCAGAGUGCGAAUGAGCUUUGAGAAAUGACGUACGUAACGAUGCAAAUUCGGCCUUAGAUCAUCGCAAAAUUCAACCGAAACGUAAAUUUCAAAAACUAACACACAAAAUAAAGUAAUGGAUGCUUCUGCUUUCGUAUCUACACAAUGCGCUGCUGUGAGACGUACUGGAUGACGAUGGAAUGAGCUUGUGAUAGGAGAAAAAAUUAAAACCACUUUGAUUUGCGUAAAGCGCGUGGAAAACCAGACGAGCGAAAAACGAGAGAGUUGUGGGAUCGGUGAGUGUACCCCACAGAGUAAGAAACGAAAUGAUUGAAGUACUACCCAUCGUUAUAAAAAUUAAGCAACCAAAAAACAUGAAAAUGAAUAAUGUUGUAUUGUUAAAACAAUUGAUAAUCGCAGUAUAUAUGAUAUACACAUACAAUAUAUGCGUAAGGUAUAUUGUAUUGUAGAUAUUGUUGUUAAUUCAGGAAUAAAAAAAAUGUUUAGUUCUGUUCGGUCGUCGUUUCGCUAUGGCUCUCAAUAGCAACACAAAAUCUACCAAGUGAAAUAACUAAAUAAAUAUGUAUUUGUACUAAACACUCACUCAAAACUAUCUGGAAACAAGCAGCAAAUGAAAUGAAAUUUUUGUAAAAAUGUUAGAGAGGCGAAGGACGACCGAAUGUAGGCAGCCUUUUGUAUUUAUACACUUAUUAUUACCAGUAAAUGAAAAUGAUGACAAAAAAAGAAAAAAACUUGUUUCAUUGACGCAGUGAGACAAACAUGUUGUAGUUUGCCAGAGUACCUCUAGUUAUAGUUACGGCUGUUCACGUUGUUAUAUAAUAAAUAAGUAUAAGCUAAAUGACAAACAUGAUGAUGAUGAAUAUGAUACCGAACAAAAGCAAACCAAACCAAAAAAUGAAGGAUACUGGUAAAUGACAUAUGAAAAUAACACAGAAUAAUAAUUACGAGGAUGGUAAUAGUUGAUACAGAACACAAACAUGUACCACGAUAUUUGCUAGCGUUUAUUUAGCGAAUAAAACUUGUUGUUAGUUGUGUGACACCUAAGACAACGCUAAAUGAUAUUAUGACACAAUGCGGAAACAUGAGAGAUAAUAAAGAAGAUUACAGUUUCAAAAA